AUGCUAUCUGCCAAGAGUAUACUAAGUAGGUCUAGUCUAUCGAAGUCCGUUGUUUCGAUUUCAACGCGUCUACAAUCCACCAAGGUUCAAGGUCAAGUUAUCGGUAUUGAUUUGGGUACCACGAACUCUGCUGUGGCCUUGAUGGAAGGUAAGAUUCCUAAGAUCAUUGAGAAUUCGGAAGGUUCAAGGACCACGCCUUCCGUCGUGGCCUUCACGAAGGAAGGUGAGAGAUUGGUUGGUAUUCCAGCUAAACGUCAAGCUGUUGUUAAUCCUGAAAAUACUUUAUUUGCUACAAAGCGUUUGAUUGGUAGAAGAUUCGAAGAUAAGGAAGUUCAAAGAGAUAUCAAGCAGGUUCCUUACAAGAUCGUCAAGCACACCAACGGUGAUGCGUGGGUCGAGGCAAGAGGUCAAUCUUAUUCACCAUCUCAAAUUGGGGGUUUCGUUCUAAAUAAGAUGAAGGAAACCGCUGAAGCAUACUUGGGUAUGACUGUUAAAAACGCAGUCGUCACCGUGCCAGCUUAUUUCAAUGACUCUCAAAGACAGGCUACAAAGGACGCCGGUCAAAUUGUCGGUUUGAACGUUUUACGUGUGGUCAACGAACCAACUGCCGCUGCUUUAGCUUACGGUCUGGAAAAAUCAGAUUCAAAAGUCGUCGCAGUUUUCGAUUUAGGUGGUGGUACCUUUGAUAUCUCCAUCUUAGAUAUUGAUAAUGGUGUCUUCGAAGUCAAAUCCACUAAUGGUGAUACCCAUUUAGGUGGUGAAGAUUUCGAUAUUUACUUACUAAGAGAAAUUGUUUCUCGUUUCAAGACUGAAACUGGUAUCGAUUUAGAAAAUGAUCGUAUGGCCAUUCAAAGAAUAAGAGAGGCAGCAGAAAAGGCCAAGAUUGAAUUAUCUUCAACCGUCUCAACGGAAAUUAACUUACCUUUUAUCACAGCAGAUGCUUCUGGUCCAAAACAUAUCAACAUGAAGUUCAGCAGAGCUCAGUUCGAAACUUUGACCGAACCUUUAGUCAAGAGGACUGUCGAUCCAGUGAAGAAAGCAUUAAAGGAUGCUAACUUAUCCACUUCCGAUAUUUCUGACGUCAUUUUGGUUGGUGGUAUGUCCAGAAUGCCAAAGGUGAUUGAAACCGUCAAACAAUUAUUCAACAAAGAACCAUCAAAGGCUGUUAACCCAGAUGAAGCUGUUGCCAUUGGUGCUGCAAUUCAAGGUGCUGUUUUAUCUGGUGAAGUCACUGAUGUCCUUCUAUUGGAUGUUACCCCAUUAUCCCUUGGUAUUGAAACUUUAGGUGGUGUUUUCACUAGAUUGAUUCCAAGAAACACUACAAUCCCAACUAAGAAAUCUCAAAUUUUCUCCACCGCUGCAGCAGGUCAAACUUCUGUCGAAAUUAGAGUCUUCCAAGGUGAAAGGGAAUUAGUCAGAGACAACAAGUUGAUUGGUAACUUCAACUUAUCCGGUAUUCCUCCAGCUCCAAAGGGCGUUCCACAAAUUGAAGUCACUUUUGAUAUCGAUGCUGAUGGUAUCAUCAACGUUUCUGCAAGAGACAAAGCCACAAACAAGGAUUCCUCCAUCACAGUUGCCGGUUCCUCUGGUUUAUCUGAUGCUGAAAUUGAACAGAUGGUUAACGAUGCUGAAAAAUUCAAGACUCAAGAUGAAGCUAGAAAGAAGUCCAUUGAAACCGCAAACAAGGCUGAUCAACUAGCAAAUGACACCGAAAACUCCUUGAAAGAAUUCGAAGGUAAAUUAGACAAGGCCGAAGCACAAAAGGUCAAGGACCAAAUUGCCUCAUUGAGAGAAAUUGUUGCCAAGGUUCAAGCCGGUGAAGAAGUAAACGCUGAAGAAUUGAAGACCAAGACUGACGAUUUACAAACUGCUUCCAUGAAAUUGUUCGAACAAAUGUACAAGAACCAAGAUUCUUCUUCUUCCAACACCCAAUCAAAUGAAGGUGGCGAAACCAAACAAUAA